AUGGUUCUCAUGCUAAAAUUAACGGCGGUCUCUAUAAUCAUCCUGGCUAACAUCUCAUCAUUAAAAGCAACAGCGGCACUGAAAUCAUCAGCGGGCAGAACGUACAGCAAACUAACGAGGAACAACUUGACCAUCUGUUCAAACUCAUCCAACGGAACACUGGUUUUCAGCGAGGGUGGUUUGACUGUAGAGCAAGUUAGGAGCGGAAAAGUUGUCAAACAGUGCAGCAUUGUUCAAACGUUGGGCGAACUUUGUUACGCCUUUCAAACGAAUGUGAUGAAGUCCGUGAGUGUUGUUGAUGCGUACGAUGUGGAGUGCAGUCAUUUCUUCCAUGGUCUUCCUGCCAACCUGCAUGCAAGCAUCAAUGACAACUCGUGCGCUUUUUACAUGAUGGCUGAGAACCCUGUUUAUUUGAACGUUUCCUCGUGGGGGCUCGAUGAAACUUCAGGUGGUUCACAAUUCGAUUGUAAUAGUCAGAACAGAGGAGUUAACUUGUACAAGUUGGACAUGCAGAGUCACCUGCUGUAUGACUUUCAAAUCUUCGAUAUCAUUGGUUCGGUUGACAACGCAUAUAAUAUGAAAAACUAUCUAGAGAGCACACCAGCCGGGACGAUAGUUGUAGGUCGGACAUGUGACGAUGCACACCAAAACAUGGAUGUGAUAUCAACUUACUUGGAAAACAUCAACUUGGAUGUCACUAACUUGCAAUACAGGAAGAAAUGGCUGUUUGUUUGGCAGCAGGGUGCCUACGAAAAAACAAUUUCUUUUCUUGACAAUUCCGCAGUUCCUUUAACGAAACAGUUCAUUGUUUACAAUUCAGGUGUGGACAAGUCCAACUGGACAGCAGUGAAGAUGCAGCUGAUAAACUGA